CUUACUUUCACACUGGGAGACGUUUUGAUAUCGAAUAUAUUCUUGCUUAUUACUUGAAGGAAUCUUUCGUUAUAUUUUCAGCAGAGGUGCUGAAGACCAAAUGGCGUUACUGUUCCACCUGCAGUAUUUGGGAGUUGAUUUAAAUGCCGCGGAUGGCUAGAAUGUUCAGACGACCCAAGAGGGAAGUACAUUUUUACAGCAGUUUUGGAUCUUUUUUCCUUCGUUGUCCAUACAACACUGUGAGGGGUCACGUAAUGAUCGGGGAAGGAUAAUUACGUUUCUGGAUAUGUCAUCUGCAAAGUCGAAGGCAAAAUAGCGGGGCAGAGGCUUGAUUGUCUUUCAUUUGUUAAUAUUAACGCAAAGACGUACGGAUUAUCGGUUCUGCUGGAGUACGCGCAUUUUUGCACCAACAUUUUAAAUGGAAUGAUUUUUUUAUUCACAUUUAACGUUUAAUCGGUUUCGAUUAAAAUAAAGUGAGACCAGACAUUUCAACGAGUGUCACAUUUGCAGCAUGGAAACUGACCACUUAAGGGACCUGAGACACUCUCCUUGAAUGCGUCGAGACUGCCGCGGCGAAGGAUGGGCCCUUUUCUACCGGCGAUUUGCGUCGUGCUGCUCUCCCUGAACGCCGCCGUCUCACCGGCCUCUGUCGGCCCCGAGGACUAUACCGCCGAGGACGAGACCGAGAGAACUGCCAACAAUGACAUCAUUUUCGAUGAUUAUCGAGGGAAGGGUUGCGUGGACGACAGUGGCUUCGUGUACAAGCUCGGGGAACGCUUCUUCCCCGGCCACUCGAACUGCCCGUGCGUGUGCACGGAGGACGGACCCGUUUGUGACCAACCCGAAUGCCCUAAAAUACACCCAAAGUGCACCAAGGUGGAACACAACGGCUGUUGCCCCGAGUGCAAAGAGGUCAAAAACUUCUGUGAAUAUAGAGGGAAAACGUAUAAAAUCUUGGAGGAAUUCAAGCCCUCGGCCUGUGAAUGGUGUCGCUGCGAGCCAAAUAACGAAGUACACUGUGUGGUUGCUGACUGUGCUGUACCAGAAUGUGUCAACCCAGUGUACGAGCCAGAGCAAUGCUGCCCCAUCUGUAAAAACGGUCCAAAUUGCUUCGCUGGAACGACGAUCAUCCCAGCUGGCAUUGAAGUGAAGGUGGACGACUGCACCAUCUGUCGAUGCCAUAGCGGAGACUGGUGGAAACCUGCGCAGUGCUUGCGGCGGGAAUGCCUCAACGGUCAGCCGGCGUAGGAACCCCUCCAGAGCGGUGAAGGGGGGCGGGAUGAGAUGUGCGCCAUGUCUUCUGGACAGACCGCACAAUCACUUUGGAAAACCAAGACCACUGGACAACUUGAGACACACAAAUACAUAAAUGCACACACACACACAAAGAUCUUGGCAGAAAGUGAAAUUCAGACACGUUUGUUUCAUCUGUGAUGAGUUCAUACUAGGAUGAAGUUCACAAAAUUGUUUGGGUCACGCUUCACUCCAAAAUCAAAAGUAGAUAUAAAUUAAGCUUCAUAGUCGUUCAGAUGUUUUACAACUUUAAGUUUCAUCCCAAAUUUUGUUUGCUAUUUUAAACACAAGCACCUAAGGUUGCCGACCCCUGAUCUAUUUAUCUAAGAGGCUUCAAAGAACCUUGACAAUGAUAAAGCUACCGAACAUAAUAUGUAUGCACUAUAAAUAUCUGCAGUAAUGCAGAGUUUUCGCAUCUGUCUGGAUUCGGAAUACCCUUGUUUUUCUCUUCCAAUCCCAAACAAACAAGCUUUUCUAGAGGCUAAGAGCUUGAACUUGUUAUCUAAGCAAUUAAUCGACCCAAAGCAGCUUACUUUAAUUUUCCUUAAUCAGGCAAUAUGCUGUGAUAAAUUACCCGCCUCUGCCCUGUGUACCCCAGACACAAAGCCCGGCAUUCGAAGGGCUAAAACAAAGGAACGAAUCUACAUACGGUCUUGUGCUUCAAAGCAACAGUGAAAAACACUUCUUUUGAUCUUCGGUGCAUGCGCAACCACGCUGCACGGCAAUUCCGCUUUCAGUAAAGAGGAGAGAUUUUGAUCGAGGCACUUUGAGAAGCACUUAAACCAAUAAGAACCUCUAAACACAUUCAGAGCCUCUUUCAGCCCACGUUCGCCGAUGGUUGUUUAGUAACACGCAUGUGAAAAGCACGGCGGGUAAGUGGCGGCCAUAAUUCAGAUUUAGCAAAAGCAGCGCCUAUAGAUCUGCUCAAGGAGCCUCUUACAAAAACAUCUACUUUCCUGAUUUUUAUUUCCGUUUUUUUUUAAAUGAUUAAUACAUAAAUUAAUUCAAAAGGAGCUUCACCAAGCACUUGCGAUUCGUACUAGAGAAAAUUCAUUCCCUUUAACCUUUUAGACUCUUCUAAAAGCAUUGAUGGAUGAGCUGCUUAAUAACGGAUCUGAGGAUUCGAUAAUUAGAGGAAAACGAUUGCAAUUGCCUGAACUCCCCCUAUAAGGUGCGACAUCUAAACAUUACGCAUUCAUCCACCGCCUUUUACCAUAUCUGAGCUUUCAGUUAAGUCUGUUGUAUCCCUACAGCUCAAGAUGGAUGUCAAGGCUCAUCCUGUAAGUCAACACAUCAUAAAAGUCUCCAUUGAAAUAAUGAAAUGUAAAAGUCCAUAAAUCCCAUAUAGAGUAUAGUAAAUGAUAAAAGAACAGAAUUAAAUACGAACUGAAUACACUCUGAACGUGAGUUGAAGAUUCCUCUUAUGUAGUCUUAUGUAAAGACUUUUUCAGUUUUGUUACUUACAGUCAUUCCAAUGAUCACAGAACUCUUUAUAAAAUCACAUUGCAGAUGGAGUUUUCUGCUCAACUUAUGUUCUAGAUAGAUGCAUCUAGCACUUCACUUUAACAUCAAAAUGAGCUCAAAGUGAUCUUUUGAAUCCAGAAUUGAAUCACCUUAGAUUUUUCCUGCCAUGAACUUAUGUUAUCCAGCUGUAAAGAAGUUGUAUUGUAGUUUCAUUCCCAAAUGUUUUUCAGAAAGAAACUUUGGAGGUCCCAACAAAUUCCUAUUUUUAUCUAAUCCGAUAGUAUAUACAGUAUUACUAUAUUUUAGUAAAAAAUAUUACAGUACAACACUUUCGACCAUGUAUGUAUGGGUAGUUGACAAAUAUACCGUAAAUGUGUUCUAUUGUGUGAAAGCAAAAACGUAGAAAAAAAUAACAAUGAAGGUAAAUGUCUCUUAUGCUUUUUUAAUAUUAUAAAUAUGAACAUUAACCAUUUAAAAUAAUAUAUUAUAAAGGUUUGUUGACUACAUUUUUGCUGUCACACCACAGGACACAUGUAUAUUUGUCAACUACCCAAAUACUUGACAAAAUUAAAAUAUCGCUGCUGCAACCUCUUAUCUCCAUAUUUUGUCAUUUUUAUUUUUUGCUAUAAAUCAGUACUAUUAAUCAUCCCUUUAUGUUUGUUCGCUGGGUUUUGCAAGUGUCUGUACAAUAAAAGGAACUAAAAAGUGCUUGUCAACUUUGACAACACAGUAUUUCAUAAUUUUUUCCAGUUUCUGAAAAACAGCGAAUAAAGACAUACAAGGUUUCAGAAGGACAGUGACUAUAUAUUGAUUUUUACAUUACUAUGAUGGCUGACAGGAAAAUGUGCUUAAUUUUCUUAAAAAUGAUGUUAAGAAACGGCAAAUAGUUAUUUUUCCAUUUUGGGAUCAAAUGUGACCCAAGUAGUUCUGGAAAUCUUUCGUGAUAUUCACCCUAAUUCACAUACUCUCGCACUAUUGAAACAAAUUGUGUCCUUGAAUUUUUAUGUGAUCAAAAUGCAGUUUUGAAAUCUUUUUAUAUUAACCUCAAACGUUCUUUAACAGCUGUUUAUUGCUUAGGUACUUCGUUCCGCACGGGACCUCCUGAGGUCAUUACUAAAACUGUCUCUUAUUGCUUAUUUAUUGACUGAAAAUCAGCCGAGACACGUAAAACACCCUCCUGGCUUUGUUUAUGAAUUUCCCCUCCGCUCCCUUUUGACAAUCACAAGGAACUCACAGUGGUUCGGCCUGAUGACGUGGAAGAGAUCUUAUUUGUACCUCCUCAUGCAGUCUUGUUCCUGAUUCAUAAGGACGGACCGGCUCCUUCUGUUGACGACGAAAAGACGUUAUGCAUCAUGCUUCUGAGAUCUGACUCUGUGCACAUGGCCUUCAAAACCUGUCAAUGUCUCUGCCCUUCACUGUCGAUUUUGUAAAGGUGAAACAUCUCUUUUUUUGAGACACUGACUAACUGUAGCUGGAAGCUGUGAAAGAUUGUUCUUUUUUCUAAACAAAACUGUUAUAUGAAUUUGUGCCUGAAAACAAACAAACAACACCUGUAAUGGAGGAAAACAUACUGUCAAAACAAUCAGCUUUUAUUACUUGGCACUGAGGGACAUUAAAAGAUAUUUAACAUUCUUAGGUCUAUUGUUUAAAGGAACAGUACACCUAAAAAUGACAAUUCUAUAAUUUACUCACCCUCCUGUUAUUCCAUCCGGCCACUCGAGAGAUGCUGGACUGGUCUUUUUUCUAGAAAAUGAUUGGGUGAAUGGUUAAUAAUGUCUGUUGUGUUACACGAUAUCGGUAACAGAAUUUUCAUUUCUGAGUGCACUGUUCCUUCCUAAGAGAAUAUAAUUAUCAUUACAAUAUGUGCGUUCCAUUUUUACAUGGGAAAACGCCCAGGUGCCCUUUCUAAUGUAUAAACAUGUAAAUAUCUGCAAACAUUUAAUGUGUAUUCUGACUUCAGAGAUAGAAAGAGGAUUACAAAGGUGUAUUAUUUAUGAAGACAAAUAUUUUGUUAAAUAGAGCGAAAAAAGUGUUAUUCAGUAAAAAACAAAGAUGGUGUGUGUGGGCUGAUUUUUUUCUUCGUUCUAAUGUUAGCAAACCUCCUCCCGACAGUCGCACAGGGUGCGAUCUCCGAUACUGCAGACAUGAGCAGUUCCUCUCUGCUGACAGCAGGAUUUUACACCCAGCUAUUCAUUUACCCCGUGGAAACAUCACAUUCGCUCUAUCAAAGGCAAAGCUGAAGACAUGCUCACUUUAUUCUGCGCCCGCUAUGAAAACAGGUGCUGCUCUGAGGUCAGAGAGCCCAAAAGAAAGAGAGCAACUCCAUUCCUGUUACUCUGCCGCUGCUUUCCUCAUCCGUCAUUGUCUAGAAGAGCAUUAAAGUGCUGAUGCAGCAGCAGAAAGUGGCACAAGGAAAUCAUAGAGCUCUGAGAGCUAUUGAAGAAGUGCACCUUUCAUUACAAAUACCAGAAACACAGCCAGAACCGAAAGUUUCCCUGGUGCACACCACCAACAAACUUCAACAUCCAAAGAUGGGUUGUAGUUUGGCCCCAGUUGCCGUUAUAAUUUCACA